AUGGACGAAGGACGGAACGUCUGUUUGAUAUUCCCUGAGUUGAUUGACUACAAGGCAUCAGGAGUGGAUCACCAUACAUGGAGAGAGACGUUCGAGCCAAAGCUGCAUAUAUUCUACGGUAGCCGUGCAAUCGAUAUCCCGGACGGGAAGCCCAAGUGGUCUGCAUUGGACCAACAGAGCGAUUUGCUUGAUGACUAUGGGAAACCGAAGGAUGAUAGCUCACAUUGGAUUGGAAAUACACCCAUCUCGAGUCGGCUGAGCAAAAAUGACGUCGAUGGAAUUUCCCCACCACGGAUUUAUUGUCUACAACAUUCUCUCCUCACAACUUCACAGCACGACGGUACAACCACACUAAGUACAAUAUACCAUCUACCUCUCUUCUCAUUCAACACACCAAAACAACAAGCAAAAAUGUCCUGGUCCCAAAAAACAUUCACCCUCCCGGCCAAGUCGCGCGGCUCAUACCUCAUAACCGACCACAUCAAGUCCUCGGUGCCCGAAAUCCGCGACUACAAGGUCGGCAUGCUCAACCUGUUCAUCCAGCACACAUCAUGCGCGCUCUCCCUAAACGAGAACUGGGACGAGGACGUCCGCGAGGAUAUGUCCGAUGCGCUGGACCGCAUUGCGCCCGAGGACAAGAAAGGGAAUCUUUAUCGGCAUAGCGCCGAGGGGGAAGAUGAUAUGCCGGCACACAUCAAAUCCGCACUCAUUGGGGCUUCAGUGAAUAUCCCGAUUUCGAACGGGCGAUUGGCCACGGGGACGUGGCAGGGCAUUUGGUAUUUGGAGUUCCGGGCUGCGAGACAUUCGAGGAAGGUUGUUGCUACCAUCCAGGGUGAGAAAGCAUGA